AACACCCUAGCAUGAAAUCUUGAUCUAGAUUCUGGAUCUAGAUUUAGAUCUAAGUCUAGAUUCUAUUUUUAAUGUAGAUCUAGACUAUUUUAAACAAGUCAUUGCUGCUUAUUGACUCGCUUAGAUUUUAGAAUCUAGAUCUAGUCUAGGUGCUUAAAGUAACUAUUAAAUCAUGGGGAAGUUAAAUAUCUUUGAGAUAUCCUUUGGUAAUGGAAGCGGUGUGUACUAUCCUGGGAAUGCAGUGGAUGGUCAUGUUACUGUAGAACUUACAGAACCAAUGAAAAUGAGAGGAAUACGUCUGAAAUUUGAAGGCAAGGCAUAUGUUCAUUGGAGUGAAACCCACUCAACUGGAUCUGGUAAAAAUAGGCGUACCACAACUCGCCAUUACUCUGCUUCUGAAAGAUAUUUUGAUCAGGAAGUUCUCCUUUUUGGUAUAUGGCCAAAUCAAGGCAGUGAAACAAAAGAAAUACCAUUAGGCAGACACACCUUCCCUUUUCAGUUCAUCCUACCACUUGGACUCCCAUCAUCAUUUGAAGCAGGGACUGGUUAUGUUAGAUACACUGUGUCCUGUAACAUUGAUAAGCCAUGGAAGUUUGACCAUAGGACCAAGAGACCAUUCACCAUUGUUGCUCUUUUGGAUUUAAACCAGCAACCUAAUUGCAUGCAACGUUUACAAGCUACAAAACAGAAGCAUUUGUGUUGCUUGUGCUGUAAGUCUGGACCUAUCGAAGCCACCUUCAAAAUAGAAAGACAAGGCUUUGUGCCAGGGGAGGCAAUUAAACUGUUUGCUGAAAUAAGCAAUGGCUCUAAUAGAAAGAUGAGCAAAUCAUAUGUGGAUUUAAAAAUGAUAACAACAUUUCGUGCCACAACUAAGUGCAGAACUGAUGUGCGAGAGGUAGCUAGAGUGACACGCCCACCCAUAGAAAAACAUAGAGAGGACUCUUGGUCCGGAGAAGAGCUAGUUGUCCCGCCACUGCCCCCUUCAUUUUUACCUGGUUGUAACAUCAUUGAUAUCCGCUAUGUGCUGCAGCUAAAUGUGGAUCCAUCAGGACCUGGCCUAGACCUGGAGGUUCCCUUUGAGAUUAUCAUUGGAAGCAUUCCCCUAAUGUCAGUGGUGGAAAUGUACCCGCCUAUGUCACCCCCACCACAGAUAAUGGACAGGAUGUAUGCCUGGGGCACAGUCCCUACAGCCCCAGCCACUGAAGAUCUAUACCCAUACCCACCACCCAGUGGUAUUCCUAAUUUACCCCCUCCUUCAUACGGUGAAUGCAUCACUGGCCGCUACAAGAUCUCAGAAGAAGGAGAUAAUGAACACACUAGAGGAAAGCUUGAAUACGCCCCAGUCUAUCCUUACUACAAUUGGGGGCACACACCAGGAGCACUGCCAGAGGGAGGUGCUAAAUCUUAGAAACAUCCACCACUUCUGGUUUUAUGUUAAUCUGUUAUUGACCUCCUGUUUUAAAUUGUCUUCUUAAAUUUUAUAUGUAACAUAGUUUUUGAAUCAUUUCUACAAUACUACUUUGACAAAUGUGUUUAAAACAUAGACUUGAAGGCAUUUUGUUUUAUAUUGUCAAGAAGUACCCUAUAACAAGCCAUAAAACAGUGUAUAAUGUCAACACCCUCUCUUCUAGUGAUAUUCAAACUGAUAUUAUCCAUAAAGAACAAAUAGUUCUUAGUUAAUCUGCUGUAAUAAAACUUUCAUUUCUUAGGUUGACGUUGUCUACAAACAAUGAUGGUUUCCCCUCUGUAUUGUUAUACAUUUCACUUCACUUAUUUGUUUUUACAAAGCUCAAGGCAAUGUGAAUGAUAUUAAAGUGAAUCUCUAAGAAAAGCCAUAACAAUGAUAUUAAAAGUGAAUCUCUAAAGAAAAGCCUUAAGUAUGAUAUUAAAAGUGAAUCUCUAAGAAAAGCCUUAAGUUUGAUAUUAAAAGUGAAUCUCUAAAGAAAAGCAUAGGUUCUAUUAAAACUGUGAUACAUCCUUUUAUAUUUUUUUUUUACCUUUGAGUGUUUCACCCUUUCUGUAACUUAACGGAGUAUUUCCAAAAUGAGUGUAUUUAUCUGCUUGUUUCUAGGUAUUGAGCUGUGAAACUUUGUCUACAAGUUUAGUAGGUUGUGUACCCAGUGACUUACAGUCUUCCACCCCCUUUUCAAACUUUUAUUGUUAAUGUAAACACAAUUCUUAAAAACUAAAGGUGUUCUACCACGAAUGUGGUUGACAAAGUCUAUUUACAUUUGUUAAAAGCUUUAUUUCUUAUCUACACCAUAUAUACAUUUAUAAUUUUAAACUUGUCACAGUUAAUCUAUCACAUUGUAUUUAUUUAAAUUAUGAUAACUACAAAGAAAGCCAAUGUUAAUAAGGUUUAUGUUCAUGCUAAAAAUAAUAGUAUAUAAUAACUGAAAUUCAAUCAACUUGCUAUUUUUUUCCUUUAAAUAGCUCAAAAGUUAUUUAUUUUAAAUGUGAUUAAUUCCCUUAUGUAUUAUCCACUGCAAUUAAAUCUUAUUAGUCUUUGUUGGUUGACAAUGUAUCACUGUUUAGAUUUUGUUGUCAAGUUGAUUAAACGAGUGUUUGGCUCAUUGUUUUAUUCGACUGCAUAUUCUAACACUGAUCACUUAUAAAUAAGUGCCAUAUAUACUUUUUGCAAUAAUGCACACAAUAUAAUUGUUCAUAUUUUGUUUAAUAACAAUACUUACAAUUGUUUUUUAGCUCAUAUUGAUUUAUUUCUUCAUGGAAUUCAAAUGAAUGUUUAUUGUUUUACAUAUUUUUUUCACUUAAUGUUUGAAAUAUUUUAGAAAAUGUUUAUCUAUACAGUUGUUAAGUGAAAGAAAAUUGUCUUUUAUUUUAUUGCCAUUGUCAAAUAGACUACAGGAAAGCUUAUUAUAUUUUAAAUAUAUGUAUACAGUACUUACAAUAAAUGGGUGCUUUAAUUAUGUUUCACCUUUAGCAUUUUCAAGGAUUUUAUUUUUAAUUUUUUUUGUUAAAUCAACGCAAAACACAUAACCAGUAAAUAAAGACUUUUCCUACUUUGCUGGCUUUUACGCAGAGAAAAUUUUCCCUUUUUUUUACCAGCAUUUGUAUUCUUGAGCUGUAUUGUAUAUUAUAGUCUCACUCAUCUUUACCUAAUCAAUAUAAAAAAUAAAGCAAAACAUUCUUCUUUUUGAACAAGUGCAAUUAGAUCUGGUGAACUUACAGACCUGAAUCCUCAGUGACCUCUCACCUUUACUGGGAUUGGUUGAAUCUUUUUGCUGACAUUUACUGCUCACCUAUUCACAUUUCUUGUGUGAAUAGCUAUUUUGACAGAUUUUUCAAAUAAAAUUUGCAAGAAAUAUUUUUGAUGUAAUUUAUUGGAUGCUAUACUCAUGUUUAAUCAGGAUUAUUUUUAUUUUUACAGCUUGUUUUGUUGACACAAGCCCACUUAACAAAAGGAUCCACCAUGUAGCCUACUAUAUAAUAUUGUUUUUUGUUGCACGAAGAGAUGUUUAUUAUUUUCCGUGUUUAUUCUAAAAUUGGAAUUGUUUUUAUACACCGUGUAUAUUAUAUAUAUAAAAAUGUUAAACUCAUGUACCACUGUAGCAGCUUCACUCCAAUAAACAAUUUACAUUUUA